CCAACACCAACGUAACGCAGUUGCGGUGCGGCCGCGGCGUGUUGCGGACCUUUAAUUUGUAAACAAACAACAAAAACAGAACAGAGCAGGAACCUGGCCGGAACACAGUAACAAAUAAUAUAAAAACGAGAGGAAGCGUAAAGAGCGGUAAGGUUUAUAUCUACACAAUUGAACAACGUGCUAAUGUGAACUCUGGAUAACACCGAAGAAAAGUUACAAUCAUGUCUGCAGGUUUCAAAAAAAAUAUUCGCAUCCGCGCCCCAAAAGUUCUGGGUACUAAGAUAUCUGUUGAAAACGCGCAGUUCCUAAUUUCAACCGGUGCUCCAGAUUUUGACCGUGUCAUUGGUGGUGGAUUGGCAAUAGGCACUCUUCUUUUAAUAGAAGAGGAUGGAAGCAGAAGCUAUUCAAAUUUGCUUGCAAAACUGUAUCUGGCGGAAGGUUUAGCUGUUGGCCACCCCCUAUUUGUUGCAUCUCUAGAUGAAAGCCUGGAUAAAUUUGUCUCAAAUCUUCCCUCUGAGGUACAAAUGGAGACAAAGGUAAAGGAAUCUCCACAACCUCAGGAAAGCGAAGAUCCUGAUUUAAAAAUUGCCUGGAGAUACCAGCACUUGCCCACUGGAGCACCAGAUGCCAGUUACAAACCAGCUGAAUUCGGCCAUCACUUUGAUUUGAGCCGAACUGUGUCUACUGAACAGCUCGAUGCUCACAAAAUAACUAAAUGGAGUGAAGUUGAUUUGGAAAGGGAGGAAUCUCCAGACGAUAACCUGCCAGGGCAACUGAAGUCUUUAUUAGCAAGCAUCAUAAAGGAAUUGACUGACAAUGACUGUUGGAUUAAAAGCAGUGUUCCAGCAAAUGAGCAACCGAAGCAGAGAACUGUCCUUCGUGUGUCACUUCUUUCUGUUGGAUCCCCUCUUUGGAAAAUGCAAGAAAAGCAUUUACCAGCUUUUUUCUACGCCCUAAGAUCCAUUCUGCGAUCAUCCUGUGCUGUCUGCUUGGCCACAGUUCCAACGCAGAGUUUGGAAUCGCAUGUGAAAUCUCGAUGCAGACACAUCUGUGAUUAUUGCAUUUGCCCAUCCCCUGCGGUGCACAUUGAUGGCAAAGUCAACCCGCUGCUUUCUGGACACAACGGUGUUUUUAAAAUUCACAAAUUGCCCGUUAUCAACUCGACUGCGCCUUUCAAACCAGAAACUCUUGAUUUGGGCUUCAAAGUGCGAAGAAAGAAGUUUUGUAUUGAGAAACUUCAACUGCCUCCUGAAGUUGCUGAGAGUGAGGAAAGGGAGCAAGACGAUGUUGUCCAACCGAAGUAUGCCAUGGAUUUCACUGGCUGUGGUUCUAUGACCAGCAAGAAAUUAGACUUUUGAGAGGAAGAUUAUUAUUUGUUAGUUAAAAUAUAUUUAUGAAUUUUGUAAACGCUAAAAUUAAAUUUUCUCAAGCUUCAUUUUUAAAUCAUAUUUUUUUUUUAAAGAAAUAUAUUUAUUUUGAAAGCUACAGAAGUCCAGCCAAUUCCGGAGAAUUAACGGCUGGUGCUUAUUCUGCUACACAAGGCAGCAUAAUUUUAGUACAUUAGUGUGCAAAUUACAUCAAUAAAUUAUUUUUUAAUGCAGUGUC